AUGACUCCGCGGACUGGUAGACUGGGUAUGCUGAAAUUGACGAACAAUGUUCUGGACGAAAUAAGAGAGAGCCAGAAAUCAGAUUUGGGAUUGAUGGACCGGCUAGCAUUGAUCAAUCAAGGUAAAGAGUUGGACUUCAUAAUUGAUGAGAAUGGUGUUAUGAGGUUCAGAGAUAGAGUUCGUGUACCAGAUUUUCCAGAGCUUAAGAAGAAGAUUCUUGAAGAAGGUCAUAGAAAUGGGUUUAGUAUUCAUGUCGGUGCUGCGAAGAUCUAUCAAGACCAUAAGAAGAUGUUUUUGUGGUCAGGUAUGAAGAAGGAUGUUGCGAAAUCAGUUACCAUUGUAGAUGUUAGUGGAGGUUUACAUCCACGAGAUUGUAAAGCUGCAUGUUUGCAAGAAGCUUUGGGAACUAAAUUGAGGUUGGGUUCUGCUUAUCAUCUGCAGACUGAUGGUCAGACUAAGAGGAUUAUCCAAUCCUUGGAGGAUUCAUUGAGAGCUUGUGUGUUGGGGCAAGGAGGUAAUUGGGAUGGUUACUUACCGUUGAUAGAGUUUACGUAUAACAACCGUUUUCAUUCUAGUGUUGGAGUGGAACCAUAUGAGGCUUUAUAUGGAAUGAGGUGUAUGACUCCUUUGUGUUGGUAUGAAUCAGGUGAGAGUGUAGUGCUUGGAUUUGAGAUCAUUCAACAAACUACUGAGAAGAUCAAGCUGAUUCAAGAGAAGAUGAGAGCAUCAUAA